UCAGAGCGCGCCAGUGUGGCGACAACGUUCAUAGGGGUAGCGUGUAUCGCUUUGCACCGCGGAACGCAACUACUUUUACGUUACCGUUUAUAACCGGUUUGAAAGUGCUCUGAGGUGUGGCGUAGGCGGUAAGUGCAGCGUUCAACCGUAAAAAUACUCUUUUGAAAGUUCAAAAUAAACUCUGUGAUUCAAAAAAGUGCAUCAUAGUGAGUCAUCGGACAACUCUCAUAAUCAAGGGCGAGAGAGACGGCGAGUCGACGUGUGUGAGGAAGUGAGAGGGGACGAGUCCAGUUUUACCAGUUUGGGAAAGGAUACAUAGUUUUUUUUUUAAAUAGAAAAAAUAAAAUAGUGACCACGUUCGUGUGUCUAGUAAUGCGAGUGUUCAAAAUCAGUGUUUUGUGAGUGAUUUUGUUUUCGUCCUGGAUAAAAUGGCCGCCCUUCCCGCGCUUUUUGGAUUGCUUAUGGCCGUCGUAGUAACAGGUCAAAAUUUGGACAUCACACCAAGAGAAGCCGUACGCCGUGUUGGAGAUGAUCUGACUGUGCUUUGCAAAGUGCCGUACCCCAUAGACGCUUGUCGAAUGACGGUCGGAACAACAUCUUACAGACUCAUUCCAAACAACCAAGAAGAAGAAAUCGUUUACGCCGGUCAAGGACUCCAGCACGGAGAAUGCGGUGCCCAUAUAAAGCACAUAAAAGAAGAAUGGAACGGUAACAUAUCGUGUACGCUGCCGCCACAGACGGGGCAAAUUGAGGUCAUUGGGACCAUGAGGUUACUUGUUGCCAAAGCACCCGCGAACCCCCAACUUAUAUCACCACCCCAACCCGCAUUCCGAGAGGGCGACGGUUUUAUGGCGCAAUGCAUCGUGCCCAAUGGACGACCGGCCGCCAAGAUCACUUGGUAUUUAGACGAAGUCCAACUCUUGGCUGGUAUACACCAACCUGUCAUAACCUCGGAGCCUGGAAGUGAUUUAAAGACCAUCAGCCAGAACGUGUCGCGGACCCUGGCGCCGGAGGACAAUGGCCAGAAACUGGUGUGCAGAGCUGAACAUGAGGCUUUGGACGGACCGAGAGAAGCGGCUAGACAACUUGUGGUACACUAUCCACCAAAACGUCUCGAAUCCGGUCCGAUCACGAUAUUCGGUCUCAAAUUGGGCGGAGAAGGACGUCUCAAUGUCACCAUACGUGCAAACCCAGCGCCUACCACAGAGUGGACUGUCGGAGACCUGGUUCUUAUCCCACCUAGGAGCAAUGAAGAUGGAUCUAUCACAGCGUUGGAACCCUUGCAUUUGGGUGGUGGAUUCUACAACGUGACCUUGGUACUUGCGCGCGUAGCCAAAGAAGACGUGGAGAGGACCUACUACCUUCGUGUCACCAACGACUUGGGCAGAGAGGAAUUCGCCGUACGACUGUCUACCAUGGAUGAACCAGCUGCGCGCAAAUCAAAAACGUCCUAUUUGAUUAUCGACGUUUACGGUGUGGAGUUAGAAACAGGCGCAAUAGUUGGCAUCGUCAUCGCAGUAUUAAUUCUGCUCAUUGCCAUCAUCCUCGUAGUGUUCGCCAAGGCUACCGGCAGAUGGUUCUUCGCAGGGAGGUCCCAUCGUACUGACAUUCCUGAUGGCGCUGAUUCCGAAGCUCCCCUCCCCCCUCACGAUGACGUCAAAGGAUCCGAAAACCCCUCUCAUGACCACGGGGAAUAUAUCAGCAACGGUGACACCAAACACCCCGAGAAGAAGCCCGAUACCGCUGUCUAAGUUGUAAGUUAAAAGCUGUCACUCGCUGAAUCAAAAUCGAUUGAAUGCUGUGCAACGUGUUACAUGAAAAUUUAUUAAUUGUAAAGAUAAUAAAUAUGCAUAAUUUUGUAGAUGCAUUUUUUGCUUAUUGUAAUAAUAAAAAGAAAAAAAAUCUCAUGCUGUUGGAGUUAUAGUACUUAUUUAUAGUCACGCGUUUUGCUAGGUUUUGUUUUAGUAUACAAAAUACGGUAAAUAAUUUAAGUAUAAGAGUGACAGCUACUUAGUGUUAAUUUUGACUCAAAAAUAUUUUAUGUAAUUUCGAUUAGUGCCAGAUGUGUUUACAGUUACAAAAUAUAACAUAUUGUUAGUUAUUAUAAUAAUUUUAAUGCCAACGAAACAUAAAAUGAUACUUAUUUGACAAUUUAUAAAAAUAAUGCACUAUGUAUUAGUAAAAUUAUAGUGGCAGAGCCUGUUAAUCUCUGCCUCUUUUUAUGUACUAUAUAAACACAAAAUCUUACGCUCUUCUCGUAACUUAAUAUUGGUAACACAAUCGAAGAGAAACAAAAUUUCUUAGGUGUAAUACAAGAACUUUCUCAAUUGUCUUUUAGCCUAAAACUUUUCAAAUAUAUUCGUAGAAAUUAAUAAGAAUCUCACAUGUUGUCAACGAAUCCCAUCGUAUAUAACGUAGUUAAGGCAGGUUUUGAAUUUGUAAUUAACAUAAUAUAUUAUAGUAAUUACUAAAUUGAAAAUAAGUAAUUAUUAUACAACUGGUUCAAGAAUUUAAGUUUUAAGUUAAAGUUUUAUUAGGAAUACCGUUAUACAUUUUGGAAAACAUUUAAAUUAACAAAUACAAUAAGUAUCUUUAUUGAGCGCUUACCAUACGCAAAAUUAACGUCAAGUCUUUUUAUAUUGAACAUAUUAAGCAAGACGUAAUGAGUCUAUUGCAUUUUUAUACUUUUUUAAUAUAAUAAAAUAGAACUCUGUAAUAUGAACUGGCCAUUUUAUACUCUCACUUUUAGGUUGAUUGAUAACUUUUAUAACAAAAGUACAUACAUAUUUUGUAAUUUUAAGACUUAAAUGUGUUCGAACCACCUUUUUUAUUCUGUAUAUAAUCUGUCGCUACAUUAUUAUAAACUUACUUAAAAUAGAUUUUAAAUGGAUGAAAUAAGGUUGUUUUAAUUUAAACGCAAACGUUGUCACGAUUUUUAAUUAUUAAUUGUAAAAAUUAGAAACUAAAUGUUUAUCUGAAAUCUCAAACUUAUUUUUCUAAUUAAUAAGAAAUCGUGAAUAUUUUUGUUUUUCUUUUGUAAAAACAUAAGGUAUAUGAAAUGACAAUUUUAGCUUAAGUUAGUCAGUUAGGUCACCGUCAUUGUGAUGAUUUUAGUAUUUUUUAUAAUUACCUACAAUUAUUUAAUAAGAAUUUAUUUUUGUACCAAUUUAGUUUAAUAAUUUCUAGCGGAACUCGUUUGUCUUUUUUUAUAUUUUAAUGUCAAUUCAAAAACACUGCCAUUUUGCACAGCCAAAUUUAAAUAUUUUCUUUAAAUUUUAUUGAAAAAACUUCUGUUGAAAUGAUUUAACUUACAAUGUAAACAAUUUUUUAUAAAAAGCUUUGUUUUGUAAAAUUCUAUCCAUUCUGUCAAAUUUAUAUUUAUACAAUUCUUAACAUUACGUACCUAGAUAGCGAGAAUAAUCAAGUUUGUAACGUUCAUAAAAUAUAUACCGCUGCGUUAUUAACGAAUUAUAAUUGAAUAUAAAGUAUUUAUUAAAUAAGAAA